AUGGCUCACGAUGGGUCUUCAGACGAUGAUUCUUCCUACUUAGACACCCAAGAGUCUGCUGAUGAUGAGACGAUGCCACUUUAUGGCAAGAGCGUAAUGGAAGUCGAAAUGUCGCCUCUAUCUUCCCCUAAAUAUUCUUCAGAGCUAACAUCUCAAAAUCCGAUCGGCCGUCCAAAAGCUACAUCCGCUGCUGCAGCGCCAAUCUCAUCAUUAACCAGUAUUUUACACACCGUCAACUCCGAUGAAAUUUAUCAAGGCAUGGAAGCUCAGAGACGCACACAAUCGGAGAGCAAUCUGAGAAUAGAAGGCUUAAGCUCUGGACUUUCGAUCUCAAUUAAUUCAGCAAUUCCUGUGGCCUAUCUCACUAGCCCUGCACAUUCCGAAUCAGCACUUACAAGUCAACGGACAGCACCAUCUCCUCCAUCAAUUUCUGUACGACCAGCAGCUGAUACAAAACCAAGUGGAUUUAUGACACUUGGAGGUACUUUACUGGCCGGAAUGGCUGAUUUAGCAGGGCUUAAGUCACCAAAAGGCACAGUACAUAGAGUUUACGUAGUGUAUUCAACUCCAGGACCACUUUUUGUAGAUCUUUACUCUAGAGACGAUGGUACAGGAGCACGAGUGAGGGGAUUUCGACGCAAAGCUGAUGGGUCAAUGGCAGACACUGAAGCUUCAGGACGAGUUUAUCCUGGUGAUGAGCUUGUGAUGAUCAACGCUAUAACAGUCACAAAAAUGUUAUUUAGUGAUAUUAUUACUGCGGCAAAAAUGGCGACGUUUCCAUUAACUUUAGUAUUUCACUGUUACUCGACGCAUCGAGAGGAAUUUGAAAAGAACAAGACAAUCACAAGUAAACAAUCAAAUGGGCCGUUGCCUCCAAUGAGUCCAUCGAGCAGUAUUGGAUGGGGAGCAAGAUUAAAUCAAAUGACCAGAUCAGGAUCAUUUGAUCAAAAGACGAGUGGAUUAAAUACAAAAAUUGGGUCUCCCUCUCAUUCGUCAAAUGUAGAACCGAAUGGAGGAAAAUUUGGGUUUUCAUUAGGUGCAGAUGGGGUGAAAAAGAACAUAUUCCGUAUUAUCGGUAACAAGCCUGCACGACCAGAGGAAGAUGUGAAUAUUGUAAGAGGAUGGAUGAAUGAUCUGGCUUUAAAGCCACACAAUAAUUUGACUGGAGGACGUCAUCGAAAAGCGCCAUUGAAAACAAAUACGGAUGUGCUUCACUCGACACCGAUUGUCGCUGUGACUACUGGAGGGAGAUUUGUGGGUGUCUUAGACGACGAUCAAAAUGAAUUUGCACUCACGUGGUUUCGAAAAACACCAAUAGAAUUGGAGAUUCAACAGAUUAAAGGAGUGACUCGAUGUCCUUAUUUUCCAUCUGUGGACGAUGUGGGUGCGAUUAUAUGCUUACAAUGCGUAUCACUGCGUUUUCCUCAAAUCAAACGCAUAGUUGAAAUGCCAGGUCCGUUAGUACUCGAUCCAGCAGUAGGAGAUACCGUCAAUGAAUUACUAGAAGCGGGAGCUGGAUCGUUCUCUGCGACGCUCGCGAGCAAUGAACAUGAUAGCUUUCAGAUCAAGAUUUCGUCGGAUGCAGUGACAUUAGUUAAAAUUUCAGAAGACGAAGAUGAAGGAGGUGUGAUUGUGAAGGCGAUUUACAGCUCAUUUCUCCAAGUACUGCUUGAUCCUGCAGAUCAAUUACGAUUCACACUUAAAGUCCAGGAAUUUGGUGGGUUGUUAGGAAAUCGAGAAGGUGACGUGUGUGAUUUGAAAAACGAACAAACGCAGCUCCAGUCGCUGUCGUGCUUUUUUCUGGUAGCACAAAAUAGACAGAACCGCGACAUUAUGACGCUUUUAAUUCGCAAGUGUCGAGCUCGUGUGAUUUCGUUUGAACAAGAAGAAGAAGCGCAAAGUGACGAGCGUAAUCUGUUUAUGGAUCCAUCCUCUAUUGAAGAUCCGGAGUCUCCACUGUUAAGAUCACAUCCGUUUGAAUCAGAUGUGGAAGCUUUGUCACCAGUAGGAGCUUCAGGUGAGACAGCGAGCGAUACUGAUUCACCAGGUGCAAUCACAGGAGUAAUGUCGUCGCCGUUGACUGAAAAGUCCCUUUCACCUCAAGGAGAAGAGUGGUUGAUUGCUGAUUCAGACGCUCGACUCAUCGAUUUAGUUGGCUUAGAACCGGAAGAUUUCAGAGACAUGGUGAAGGAGAAAACCGUUGACUCCUUGACGUCUUCAUCGACUUUACAACAGGCUGCUAUGACAUCAAAAAAAAGUGAGGCUGGAAUGAUCAGCAACGGUAUAAAUGGCCACGACAGUUUAUUUGUCGAAGGCCGAUUGGCAGCACAGGACAGAGAGAUGGCUAUGCUUCGAAAGAAGAUCACUUCUGUGACUGUGUUACUGAAACUAGCUGAACAAGAGAACAAGCAAGUUGCUGCAUCCCUCGAGAUUAAAGAUAAUCGCAUUGAGCUUCAGCAACAGAAGCUUAGGCAGCUUGAAAAGCUAUCCGAGCAAUGCACCUCUCAAGCUCAUGAGAUCAGUGUCUUACGUACAAAGUUGAAGGUAGAGGAGAUGCGAAACGAACAGUGUCAAAAAGAGUUACAACAAGUGCUUCACGUGGCUGCAAAUCAUACGUUAGAGAUGCAUGACCAAGUCGUUCAAACAGAGGCACAGUUUUUCACUUCAGAAGGCUCUGAAAAUGGGACAUUGACUUCGUGGGAACGCGAUGCACAGUCUGGAACUGUGGCUAGAGUAGAUGCCCGCGAUUUGCAGCAACAAAUUCAAAUUCUCACACUUCAAUUAGAAGAGCUACAGGAGGAGCAGGUGGAGCUAAAGACCGAGCGUAAUAUGUUUCGCGCAAAGUCGCUACAGCUCUCCAAGGAACUUCGUAAAUUAAUGAAAGCAAACGACAAUUGCCCAUUAGACGACAUUGCGGCACAGUUGGCAGAGCGUCGUACACUUGAAGCAGAACUUGCUGUUGUCAAGGCGUCUGCAAAGAGAACAGCAGACGAGCUAAAUAACUUAAAGAGUUUACUUGUAAAUGGAGACAAAGAUAAAGGCGCGAAACGUCUUGCUGCUCAGAUCGUCGAACUGCAACGCAAAGUACUUCAGCUUCAAGAUUCUUUAAACGAAUCGAGAGAUCAAAAUGACGCAGUAAAACGCAUCAAUACGGCGCUAGCUUCUCGUCUUCAUCAAUUGCAACCAGAGACUCGUGGGAGUAUUGUUGACUUAUCUGCGGGUGAAGAUGAUGAAGAUGAUGGUGAGGAUGAUGAUGAUGAAGAAGACGAAGAAUUAACAGACGGUAUUGCGGCAUUCCGAAGAUCAUUGGUAAGAGAGUGA